AUGGACUCCCUUACACAGUUGGGUCUGAACAACCCCGAACUCUUCAAGGAGCUCUCAAAAUUGGCCACGCCUACAGGUGUCGCCGACUACACAGCUCUGGCAUUGCUGGCUGGAGCUGGAGCCACCUAUCUAUCGCGAGGAAUCAUCUGGGAUCAACCUGAUCCAUAUGCCCAUCUCGCAUACGAACGACCGCAAUUGAAGAACGGCGGCGCUCUUGGCUCUACCAACAAGGAAACCAGAAACAUUGCACAGAAACUCGAGGAGGCGGGCAAGAAUAUCGUCGUUUUCUGGGGUUCUCAAUCCGGUACAGCAGAAGGUUUCGCACAACGGUUGGCCAGAGAAAUCUCUCUUCGUCAUGGCCAGGAAACCAUGACUGCAGACCUUUCGGACUACGACUCCGAAACGAUCAGUCAGAUUCCAGAGUCGAAGCUGGCCAUCUUCAUUGUUUCCACGUACGGCGAGGGAGAUCCCAGUGACAACACCGCAGAGUUCUGGGAUUGGAUCAACAAGGCUCAGAAUGUCUCCCUGUCUAAUUUGCGAUACGCCGCGUUUGGUCUGGGCAACAGCAACUACAAGUUCUAUAAUCGUGUUGUUGAUGUUGUCGUCGAGGGCCUGGAAAAAUUCGGGGCAAAGGCCCUCAUGCCCGUUGGUAAGGCCAACGACGCAGAGGGUGCGACAGAAGAAGACUUCAUGGCAUGGAAGGAUGAUCUGUUCACGGUCUUCAAAGAGAAGCUGGGCUUCGAAGAAUGUGAAGUCAAGUACAUGCCAACCCUGGUCGUCCAGGAAGACGAAUCUUUGGAACCAAUCGAUCUUCAUCAUGGAGAACCUGACAAUCGUCGUGAUUCCAAGGCAGCUGCUCAGUGCACCCCAGUUCGCACACUGAACAUCGCCAAUUCGAGAGAGCUUUUCAAUGCGUCAGACCGAAACUGUCUUCACAUGGAUCUGGAUCUGAGCAGCCAGCCAGAGUUCACCUACAAGACAGGAGAUCACCUUGCCAUCUGGCCUGGAAACCCCACCUCUGAAGUCGAACGCUUGUUCGAAGUCCUGGGUCCCUCUGUUCGUCCCCAUGUCCCUCUCGGCAUCAAGUCGCUCGACCCAGCAACCAAAGUGAAAAUCCCAACCCCGACAAGUGCGGCUGCUGUUUUCCGCUACUACCUUGAAAUCUGCGCCCCCGUCAACCGUGACAAUGUUCUAGGCCUUGCACAAUUCGCCCCAACCCCGGAGGCCAAGGCAUAUCUCCUCCAGCUUGGUCAGGACAAGGACUAUUAUGCCAACUUUAUCAAUCGCACACAUCUCAACAUCGGCCGUCUUCUACAGCUAGCAUGUCCUGGAAAGGCUUGGUCUGACCUGCCGCUCUCAUAUCUUGUCGAAACCCUACCCCAUAUCCAACCCCGAUACUAUUCCAUCUCCUCCAGCAGCGUCAUCUCCCCUCGCAAACCCUCAAUUACAGCCAUUGUAUCAUCGUCACCUCUUCCAGAAAACCCCGACGAGCUCAUCCACGGCGUCACAUCCAACUACCUCCUGGCUAUCUCUCAACAAUCCCGCUCACAACCCCACCCCCAUGGCAUCACCUACCACCUCAACGGACCCAGUGACGCCCUCCAAGACGGCAAAGUCUUUGCACACAUCCGCAGAAGCCGAUUCAAGCUUCCCAUCACAAGCAAGAACCCACUCAUUAUGGUCGCUGCCGGAACUGGUCUCGCGCCCUUCCGUGCUUUCAUCUCCGAACGACGCCAGCUCCAACAAAUCGGAAAAGAAAUCGGCCAGAUGGUCCUCUUCUUUGGGUGUCGUAACCCCGAAGAAGACUUCAUCUACCGUGAUGAACUGGAAGAGUUGCAGAAUGCCCUCGGCGAUCGGUUGCGGGUUGUAACGGCCUUCUCCAGAAAACAGGGUACACCGCGCCAGUAUGUGCAAGACCGAAUUGUCGAGUUUGGCCAGGAUAUUGUCAAGCUUCUUGACGAGAGCGCCAACUUCUAUGUCUGUGGAAGAGCUGGAAUGGCUCGGGAGGUAGAGAAGGCCGUUGGUGAAACGAUGAAACAGGUCAAGGGAUGGAGUGACGGACAGGUAAAUGACUGGAGCAAGGCAAUUAAGAAGAAGAACAAGUGGCAAGAGGAUGUUUGGGGAUAA